CACUCGCUCAGCUCUUUAACGUAGAUUUCCUCUGUUUGGUGUUCGGUGGUUCCACGGAACAUUUCCCCCGGAGGUGAACGUUAUACGGUCCACGAUGUCUGUGGCUGGGCUGAAGAAACAGUUCCACAAAGCCAGUCAGCUACUAAGUGAGAAGAUCAGUGGGGCAGAGGGGACUAAACUGGAUGAUGACUUCACUGAGAUGGAAAGGAAAAUUGAUGUGACCAACAAGUCAGUGUUUGACCUCUUGUCCAAAACAACAGAGUACCUCCAGCCUAACCCAGCUUCUCGAGCCAAACUCAACAUGCUUACAACAGUGUCUAAGUUCCGAGGGCAGGUGAAGACCACCGGCUACCCUCAGACUGAAGGCCUGCUGGGAGACUGCAUGCUGCGCUAUGGUCAUGAACUGGGAGAGGACUCCGUCUUUGGCUGUGCGCUGCUGGACAUGGGUGAGGCCAUGAGACAGAUGGCAGAUGUUAAGGACUCCCUGGACAUAAACGUCAAACAAAACUUUAUUGACCCCUUGCAGAAUCUACAGGACAAUGACCUCAAAGAGAUCACGCACCACCUGAAGAAGCUGGAGGGCCGCCGGUUAGACUUUGACUAUAAGAAGAAGCGUCGUGGGAAAAUCCCUGAUGAGGAGAUCCGCCAGGCUGUGGAGAAGUUUGAUGAGAGCAAAGAGCUGGCUGAGAGGAGCAUGUUCAACUUCCUGGAGAGUGAUGUGGAGCAGGUGAGCCAGCUGUCAGCACUGGUCGAGUCGGCCUUAGCGUACCAUCGUCAGUCAUGUGAAAUCCUGGAGGAGCUGAGUGGAAAGCUGCAGAAGCGGAUAUCAACAGCCAACUGCCGUCCUAAGAGAGAAUUCAAGCCAGAUGCGAUAAGGAGCAACACAAACACUCUGGACAACAGUCAGCACAACGGCCUGUCAUACAGCUCCUCACUUAAAUCCACCGAUAUCCAGAUCAACCAAACAGUUAAUGGGAAAAUUGAUCAUAUAACUACUGUACUACUGUCAUGGCCUGAGAGCCCCACUACCAAUGGCAACCUGCAGCAGUCGGAGGUGCUUGACCAGCCGUGCUGUCGCGCCCUCUACGACUUCAAGCCAGAGAAUGAUGGCGAGCUUGGCUUCAAAGAGGGUGACAUCAUCAUCCUCACCAACCAGAUAGAUGAGAACUGGUAUGAGGGCAUGAUCUGUGGCGAAUCUGGCUUCUUUCCCAUCAACUACGUAGAGGUCAUUGUCUCCCUCCCUCAGUGACUCACCCCCGAGUCCUUUACCGACUCCGUCUUGCCUCAGCACGUUCAGCCUCUGUCCUCAGCUCAACUCUGACCAGAAAAUGUACAAAGCUGGAUCAACCUGAAGCUGAAGGGAAUAUUUUGUCUGCUGAUUUUCAUUCGGAGCGGGAGAGCUAGUAGGUCUGUCCCAAGCCAACGUAAAAUCAGAUCGUUAAAUAUUUUAGUUUUUAAUAUUAAUGAAACAGAAACCAAGUGAAAUUCAAGCCAUUGAGUGCGACACUCUGCCUGGUGGGAUCCUUUUUGUCCUUCAGGUCGGACCAAGGUCAAGAUGUCAAGCUGUUGUCAGACCCUGUCGUCCCUCCCAUGAGUCCCUCAGGUGAGAGAAGUGUAUCGCACUAGGCUGUCUGCCUGCCUUUGCUUGACGUGCACCAGUUGAAAAUAUAACUGUAUUGUUUAACCACUACAUGAAAGGCUUUAUUUGCUUUUAUGUUAUAGUCACAUUAGGAACAUCAUAUACAUUCCAGGAUUUUAAUCCCAUUUUAGUUAUCCAAUUUUAAAAGGUUGGUGUUUGAAUGACAAAUCCACUCAUAGUGACAGUGUGAAGUGGUGUGGACACACACAGGUAACAGCCUACAGUACAGAUUUAGUCCAAUGAAUGAAGCGGUUAGACAGAUCAAAUCAGGUGAUCAUCACGUUUACCCAGAUUGUUUUAUAUGUCUACAUCUUGAUAUAUUUUAGUUUCUGAGUUUUAUGCCAUCUUUCACAUACAAUGAAGAACGUGAAUAUCACAACCAAAAAAAAUUAAGCAGAUAUGAUUUGUUUUAAUGUGGGUGAACAAGGCCCAUUAAAAAGGGGAUGUGAGUUGAAGGCUGCCCUGUAUGUAAAAAAAGAGUGCAAAAACAAUAGAUACAAAUAAAUAUAUACAUUGCAACCCAGUGCCCAUUGAGACACCAGUAUGGCUGCCGGAGUCCCACAUUCCCUGAUGUUGUUUUGCAUUUUGAGAAGCAUUUUAUGAUCAGGAUUAUUGUCCAUACACAAGACUACUUUUACUUUUCAGGAUGCUUUGUGAGCACUUGGCAGACACAUGGCUGAGUUACCUGUUCUAGCUUGUUGGUGAGAUCAGGACUGCUUUAAAUCAGUCUAAUGUGAGAGCAGAUCCAAUGAUCAAACAUGUUUUAAAUAUCCAAUCAAUAUUUUUAUAUCAACAAUUGGUCAAACGACAACUCAUGACCCCACAGAGAAUUAUCAGCAUCACUUGCAGCUCCCUUCAGCUCGAUAACAUGUUAAAUCAUCUUUUAAUUCCUGAAUAACAUAACAUGUCUUAUCUGUGAGAGCUUCAGAAAGUUUUGGAGUUCUCUUCUCCAGUAGCCAAAUAAAAUUGGUUCAAUGCUGUGUUAAAGAAAUAUAUAACCAAAUAAGAUAACCAAACAUUCUAGGAAGAAAAAAUGAAGGAUUCGGGUAGAAUAAUCAUCCACACUCUCAGUUGUAAACUUUGACUUGCAGUUUUGGAGGUUUAAAUUUUACCUCCAAAUAAUCAGCAUCUUGUUUUACCGUCGUCUCAGCGUCUGAUAGCUAAUUCUUGAACUCGGACUUAGUGCCAGCGGUGUUUCCAUGCUCCCUGAUCUGAGGAGCUACAAAGUUACAUGUAAGUUUAACAGAGAGAAAGAUCAACAAUCAUGAAUAUAACACCCAAAUAGUUCUGAACCAAAAUGAUCCUGUAAAAUGUGGAUUUAAAACAUAUUGAUGUGUGCUGUCUUUAGCUGGCUCUAUAUGUACACUCAAAACUCCAUUGCUAUUUAUUUAAGAAUUAUUUUUUUUUAUGGUUUUGUGAACAUUUGCACCAAUCACCUCACACUCCAGCAGGAUGGUGUAUAUUAGUUCUCCACUAUUGUUGUAACUCUUUAUCUUACUGUUCACGUCUUCUGUCUUAAUCAGAUUGUCUUUUUGCCAUCUGUGCUCUUAUUUCUUACUCUCUCCCUCUCUCUCCCUCUCUCUCUCUCUCUCUCUCUCUCUCUCUUUCUCUCUCUCUCUCUCUUGCCCUCUCACUCUGAAACCAUGAGAAAGAUUUUUUUGAAAUUGUGUCUGUAUUGCACUGGAGCUUUAGAAUCUACCUACCACAAAAGUUAUAUGUACAUGCACCUUUUUGUAGUUUGUUUGAGGUUUUUACACUUUUCAAGCAUUGCACUCUGUGUUGAUCUCGAUGUGGUUAAAAUCACUAUCAGAUAUAUAAGUGAUGUCCAAAUGGAAGUAAUUAGAUUUCUAUAAUAACAGAUGUUUUUUGUAUUCUAUAAUAAAUCUACUAUUUCAAUCAUUGUAAUGUAGAAAAACUCAGACAUAUACAAAUUGUGGAAGUAAAUGAGCCAGUUACCUUGUGAGACUCAGUCCAGCUCUUGUUAGCCAGUGAUAAGCAGUAGAUGAGUAAAGGCCUACAGUAACUGCGUGGACAUGCAGAUAAAGCUGUUAAUUUAGGAAGUACCAAUGUGGCAUACAUUGGUAAAACACCUGAUAACCAGCAGUCAUCUCGCCUUUAAUAGAUGUGGUGACUUAAAUGCCAUCAGACAUGAAGCUGCAAGAGCUUAAUUAACAUCAGCUCUCAAAGGAGGAAAGGAAGCUUUUAUUUACCUCUGCUGCAGAAAAGGACAGCUCUUUAUCUAUUGUAUCCUGUUUCAUAUGUUUAUUUUUUUUCAAUCAUAUUUUAGGAAGAACAUUUCUUGUUUUGUUAUAUGUUCUUGUAUUCAAAGUGUAUUCCAUGCUUAUCUGUUGGAUAAUCUGUAGCAAUAACUCUAUUAGUGAUAUAUCGAAGUGGAGUCUGCUGCUAGCUUCUCUCAGAAGGUUUACAUUAAAAACUGUCCAGCUGCUCAAAGUUCAUAGUUUAUUUUCUCCUAUGCUAAGUUUAACAACUGCCAUUAGAAAGGACUUUGAACAAUUUAUUUUCAAAAAAUUUCGACUCCCUUGUAUUUGUGCAAAAAAAUGCAUUACAAUCACAGUCCUUAAAAAUCCCUUUGCUCAGAAUUCUAUAAUUUACAGCUUAUAUCAUAUAUUUGUUUCGAUUUUGGCUCAUUUAUUGCUGAGUAGUGGGUGUGACAUUACUCUUUUGUAUUACUGGUGUAUUUAUUGCUUCAUCUCAGCACAGAUAUUUUGACCACAUUUGAACCUUUAGCUUCUUUUACUACUGAGCAGCCUUUAUUUAUUCAACUCUUAUUUGAAUACCAGCCUUGAUUUGAGAUUGAAUAGUACUCUGAAUAUUAUUAUGACAGAGCCCUUCUUUUCCCUCCAGACUUGUGUGCCUCUCCAUAGUUUUGAUUUACUUAUUAUGUGAAAAGACACAACUUCAGACCUAAACUAAAAAAGGUUUUGGGUGUUUGUCCCAGUAUGCACUCGAUGGACUACAUUCUUAUUCUAUGUGAUAUAAUCUCAUCUUCUAUUGUAAAUGGAAAAUUUUUAGUUUAUAUUUAAUGGAAAGAAAAUAAAUAAGAUGUAUUUGAUACUUACUGUUUGCUUGCAAUUGCUAAAAUGUUCAACGUGUUGCAUGAUAAUUACUUCUUUACUUUCUAAAGAUUGUUAUCAUGGAUUGUGGAUGGGCAGCUCCCAGCACAAGGUGCUGUCUGCAACACAGUCACAGUAUGUCACAGAAAAGAAAGGUCAUCAGAUUAUUUAAUCCUGCAUCCAGUCUCUAGAAUAUAACAGGGGACAACUUGUUUGAAGAGAUUUUUUCUUUAAAUGUAGCUUCUAUAAAACAACUGGCAGAAUCCAUAUGAACUUCAUUUCCAAAGUGUUUGACUUUUUUAGAAUUGAGACUGGAGGCAAGAUUACACUGAUUUAAAGUUUUAUUUGUUUUACAGUUUCUCUAUGAAUUACUUGUUUAUACCCUAAACAAGAACACUGUACCUCUGAUAGCCUUUCCACAAGAGUCUAAUUUUACAACCAACUUGUAGGUGAAGGAAAAUGGCUGCGCAGUUCUGUGUUAUAUAUUUUUUUUCAGUAGCAUAAUUAAUGCAAAUAGUGUUUUAUAGAUGUUGUAAAUUAAUAUAUUGAUAUAUAUAUUGAGUAAAUAAAUA